AUGCAGGCGUUGAGUGCAGUCGUACAAGAGCUCGACGACCUCGCCGGCAAUCGACAUCGGCAGAAGGCCAGAGUUGUGAUACAAGGAGAGCUCGAUGGCAAUGAGCACAUGGACCGUGAACGAAAGGCAAUUCUCAAAUCUGCCCUGCAAUUCGUGGAUGUUACUUGGCAGAGGAGAACUUCAAUUGCCGAUAAAUCUUCGCCGUUAGAAGUGUCGCAUGAAGACUUUCAACAUUCUGGUCCAUUUAUUGCCCCAUCACCAGAGCUGCUUUACAUGCUUCUUCCAGAGCCAACAACUGCCGAGGGACGUGCUAGCUGCGUACAAUGGCCGGACCACAUCUCGGAUAAAACACUGGAGAAGAUGGCUUCAACCAUUCUCAGUGAUGAUGGCUAUGAGCAUGGGCAGGUAUUCUAUCAGUAUUGCAUAUGCGUUUAUGUGAAGGCCAUCUUCCAUCUCUAUCAAAAACCGAGAGCAUACAAGGAUCCCCGCAUCAACGCACAAUUUCUGAAGUCCAAGAAAUUAUAUGAAACGCAUGCCUUUCGCGCUCUCAAAAGUCUCAAUUUUUUGAAUGCACCAACUCUUCCGUUUGUCCAGUCGUUAAUAUCUGCUGCAUUCCUCAUGCAGUAUCUUGGCAACAUGAAUCAAUGCUGGAUUCUCAACUCAUACGCUGCUCGUCUGAUUACCGCUCUGGGCUAUCAUGAAAUCUGCAAUCCGCUUGGGAAUUCAAGCCUCGAUGAAGAGAUCCAUAGCGCUAGUCGAGCCUCCGCACCAGAAUGUAUCGCCUCGGAUUGGAUUUCAUGUGAAUUUUGUUAUUACGCGAUACUGGUUGAUAUUCUUCGAUCACGCUUAAAAUGUUCCUUUUCUCCUUUGACACACAAGGAAUGUGUGUCGUAUUCUCGCAAAUCCCUCCGGGCACUGCAUCACCUUCAGAAGAACCUUGCGGAUACCCCGGGCUUCGUGGAUCCUUAUCCCACAUUCCUAACAUGGACUGUUCUUCUUUACCCCUUAAGUCCAUUCUUCGUUCUUUUCUGCAACAUCAUUGGAGAAUUAGAUAUGGAGGACUACACUCUACUGCAAGACAUCACGCAAAGCCUGUCUCAAUUCGCCGCAAGUCCAUACAUCUCAAAAUUGCUGAAACUUCUGGACUACUUGCAGAAUCUCUGCGUGCCAUUGAUCCAAGCCAAGCAGCGCAUGGGCCCGCAGGCCAAAGUCCCUACUUUGUACCCUUCAAUGACUGGCACUUGGCAUGACCAUCCGUCUAGUACUAAUGAGCAUGCAAAUCUCAUGAUGGCUGGCUCUCCGUAUAUGGAUAUCACUGGAGCAUACCCUCAGCAGUUGCAAACGCCCAGUGAUGGAAGCUAUGCACCUGAUAAUUCGUUGAUGUGGCAACUAUUCAAUAGCCAUGUCUCCCUGGAGUGGUUUGAUGACCCUUUUUCUUAUUAA